AUGGCCCGAUCAGUACUCUCCAGUGAAGCAGUUCACACAAAUGGUACUCCACGGCUCCGAGCACACCGCUCCAUACAAAAUGCAACACAACCACAGCGACCCGGCGUACUACCAGAACCACCAGGCAGCAAGCCGGAGCCGAGGGUGCGCUGGCUGCUGGACGGCGAGGUGCUGGACGAGGAGUGCGAGAAGAACGCGGGUGACGUCAUCGAGAACAGGCUGACGUUCCGCGCGGUGGCGCGCAGCGACCUGGGCGCCGCCUUCACCUGCCAGGCGACCAACACGCGGUUGGCGGAGCCGCGCGAGGCCACCAUUCGUCUCGACCUGCACCUUCGGCCCCUGGAGGUGCGGCUGACGGAGCGACCGGACCAGCUGGAGGCGGGCCAGCGCUACCAGGUGGCGUGCGAGUCGACGGGGUCCCGGCCGCCGGCGGUCAUCACCUGGUACAAGGGCAACCGUCCGCUCAAGAGGUUCCGGGAAGAGACUCUCGACAACUCGACGCUGAGUGAGCUGAUCUUAGUGCCGUCCACGGAGGACGACGGCAAGGUGCUGACGUGCCGCGCCGAGAACCCCAACAUCACCGGCGCCUACCUCGAGACCAGCUGGACGCUCAGCGUGUUGUUCGCCCCCAUCGUGUCGCUGCGCCUGGGGCCCACGCUCAACCCUGACGACAUCAAGGAGGGCGACGACGUCUACUUCGAGUGCCACGUCAGGGCCAACCCGCCGUGGAGGCGGCUCUCCUGGCUGCACGACGACGCGCCGCUGAGCCACAAUCAGAGCGCGCACGUCAUCCAUAGCAACCAGAGCCUGGUGCUGCAGAAGGUGUCUCGCCAGGGCGCCGGCCGCUACGUCUGCGUCGCCGCCAACGCCCAGGGAGAGGCCGCCUCCAACGAGCUCGACUUCCGGGUCAAGUACGCGCCGACGUGCCAGCAGGAGCGCAUCAUGGUGGUGGGCGCGUCACGCUCGGAGACGCUGGACAUCGCGUGCCACGUGGACGCCGAUCCGCCGGCGCGCGCCUUCCGCUGGAAGUUCAACAACUCCGGCGAGACGAUGGAGGUGUCGGCGGAGCGCUUCUCCAGCAACGGCUCGGAGUCUGUGCUGCGCUACACGGUGCAGUCCGACCUAGACUACGGCUCGCUGUCCUGCUGGGCCGACAACGCCGUGGGCGUGCAGCAGGCGCCUUGUGUCUUUCAGGUAGUGGCAGCAGGCAAGCCGUUCCCGGUGCGCAACUGCUCUCUGAGCAACCAGACGGCCAGCUCGGUCGAGGUGUGGUGCCAGGCGGGCUUCGACGGCGGCCUGCCGCAGACCUUCGUGCUCGAGCUGUUCUCGGGCUCCGCGCCGCGCUACAACCUGACGGCGGCCGACGCGCCCGUCUUCCUGCUCGCCGACCUCGAGCCGGAGGUCACCUUCCGGGUCGCCGUCUUCGCCGUCAACGCCAAAGGACGGAGCCCCGCCGUCCUCAUCGAGGAGAUCACCUUCCGGGACGCCGAGCGACGCACUGCCUCAGAGGGCGUGUCUAUGUCGCUGCCGCCGCUGCUGGGGGCGGUGGCGGGGGUGGCGCUGUCACUGCUAGCGGCGGCGCUACUGGUGGCGGUCCGCCUCCGCCGGUCAUCGCGACAAUGCACGGGGGGCAGCGACCAGCUGGUGGUGCGUCGCGUCUCGCCGCCCACGCGCCCCACGCCGCCGUCCAGCGGGUCUCCAGCGCCGGGUCAGCCGCUCUGGCCGCAGCCGCGCACCUCCUCGCCCCUGAUGACGUCACCGACGGAGCAGGCGACGUCCUCGGCCAGCUCGGAGAGCGGCGGCGCCCCGCGGCCCCGGGACCUGCGCCUCAGCAGGCACUCGCCGCCCCCGCAGCCCACCACCCCCGCGCCGGACCUCGAGCUCAACGGUCACGCCAUCAAGGAGCGCCUCAUGACGUCACGAAUCCCUGAGAGUUGCGUAUGA